GUUACCGCGCGAAGAAUAGAAAAUUUCCCAUAACUUAUCGGACCACUGUGAAGAGAGAAUAAAAAAACAAUCAGAAAAUCUAUUGUACCAUCGUUAUUUAAACAAUAUGUGUGAGGAAAAAGUUGACGCUUACAUGGAUUACGUCUUGCCGCUUGUUUUAGAAUCAGGCAAGGCCCUCUUGGAAAUCAAAGAAGAUAUCAACGUGGAAAGCAAAAAGGUGGGAGUUUGGGAUGUAGUCACCAUUUACGAUAGAAAAAUUGAAAACGUGCUUAUCAGAAACUUGAAGAACAAGUACCCGACACACAAAUUUAUUGGCGAAGAAGAAUCGUCGAAGAAAAAAGAAAUAUCUAAACUAACGGACUGCCCGACGUGGAUAAUCGACCCCAUCGAUGGGACAGCGAACUUUUUCAAAAGAAUGCCCAUCAGCUGCAUCUCGGUGGGUCUGACCAUCAACAAGGAACAAGUGAUGGGCAUCGCGUACAACCCCUACAUGGACGAGCUUUUCACAGCCAUUAAGGGAAAGGGAGCUUACUUAAACGGACAAAGGAUAUUCACAAGCGGAGAAACGGAUAUCAAAAGAUGUGUCUUCAAUUACGAAAUUUCUCUGGCCAGGACUAGUGAUAAACUUUACAAAAUGUACAUGUACCGACUGAAACAUUUGGUAAAGGAAGUAAUGGGCACGAGAUCCUACGGCUGUUCUGUGCUAGGACAAUGCUAUUUGGCUUGUGGAAGGAUUGAUGCUUAUCAAUGUGACGGUUUGUAUCCGUGGGAUGCUGCUGCGGGAACUCUAAUUGUACGAGAGGCGGGAGGAUAUGUUAUAGACUCUUCAGGCAAAGAAUUCGAUUUGAUGGACCCCAACUAUUUGGCGACUGCAAGCAGAGAGUUGCAGGACAAAUUCAUGGAAUUGGAAAGAAAAGCCGACGACGAGAUGCUCAAAGCGGCGAAAUCAAAUCUCGAAUUUAAUCCAUAACUGGAACGUUUGUUGCAGACCAGAUUAUGGAUUGACGGUUUUCAAAACAAAACCAUUUAAACCACUUAUGCGCACUCAUACAUGUUAAUAGUGUUUUACUUACAUAAAAUGACGAUCUCCUAUUGAAAAUUUGCCUUGCAAAAUAUUGUUUAAACAAAAUUUAUUUUAUACUACGUGUUGCAUUAAUAAUAGCUGAAAAAAUA